AAUCGCGUGUCAGCUGCACUGAAACGCAAAACCUUUCUGGCAAACAAGAUUCCUGGAACCUCUGCUAGUUUCACGCAAACUCACUUGUUUUCUGGGUCCGAGCUUCAGUGAAAUAAGAAUCCGUACGGGCGAUUUCGCUGGAUUUUGGCUUCAAUCUUUAUGAUUAAAUUGUGAUCAAAGACAUGGUUUCCCCGGCUGUGACCACAACCCAUCAUGUGGACCCGGGUCCGUGCAGCACAUAUCCACCCCAGACCCCGUGCGAUCAAGAUGAGGAUCUGUCCUGCAUCGCCACCACCUUCCAAUAUUUACAAACCUCAGGCUGGUAUUGGGGUUCCAUCUCGGCAAGUCAAGCUCGGGAAAAACUCCUGGCAAAGUCUGAAGGUACGUUCCUGGUGCGGGACAGCAGUCACCCUCAGUACAUGGUGGCGCUGUCAUUGAUGACCCACUGUGGUCCGACCAGCGUCCGAAUACAAUACAAGAGCGGUUCUUUCUGGCUGGACUCUCUCAGUCCCGAACUGCCUCACCUGCAGUCCUUCCCCGACGUGGUCAGUCUCGUCCAGCGCUACAUUAGCUCGGGACACACACCGCAAGGCCGGACGGCAUCUUCUGAGAACAAUCACCUCUCCAAGAUAUCCCCCGAUCACCUCCAGUUCUCCCCUGCCAAGGACAGCGGCGUGAUCCUGAGGCUGUCGCGUCCACUUCACAAACCAGAGACAUUCCCGCCAUUGCAGCACCUGGCACGCCUCAUCAUCAACAGAAAUACAAACUGCCCCCAGCAGCUGCCCCUCCCCAAGCCUCUUCUGAACUACUUGCACGACUACCCUUUCCACAUAUGAGGGUCUCUGAGACAGCUAUAUGGGUGGGAUCAGCAACUAAGCAGGUGUUGAGAGAUUCACGGAAUGUAGGAUCAUAGAAACAUUUUGUCCUCCACAAUGGCCUUAUGACACACAAGGCUUCUGUUUUCAUCCUCCUCAGGCUUACUGUUUUCCAAAAAAUCAAUUUUGAUGACCGUAAAGAGUGAUCGUCAUACUGUACAGUGUUUGAAGAGGAAAUAAAGGAGGUUCUGUAUUCAUCAUGUGAGAGGUAUGUCUUGAAGAAAUGAAAAAAAAAAGAUUGCUCAUGCAAAAAAACUUCCUUUAUUCAUUAUUUUUACAUUUUAAAAACGACUCAUAUUUCAGACUUUAAUCCUAGUUGAUCCUUCUAGCAUAAUUUAAUUUUUCCAUCUGGUGUUUUUUUGUUGUUGUCAAAAUUUAAAAAAUAUAUAAAAAUGACUAAUCUAAGCAGGAUCAUCCAGCCUAUGAUUUACUGCAGAAGUUAAAUAAACCUGUAUUUAGAAGUUC